AGAAGGAAACAAAAGAAAGGAGAGAAUCACAGAGACAGAGGUUCUUCCCUCUUCAUUCUUUCAUUUUGCUUCUCCUAACACCACACAAACCAAACCCCUCUCCACACUCCACCCUCACUCCCUCUCCGGGUCAAUGACCCACGCCCGAAAGCCCACCAAGCCCAACCCCCACCCCCGCCAGGCCCAUAACCCUUCAUUCUCCACCACCGGCAUGAAACUCAUCGUCCCUCUCCAGGGCGUCGUCCAGGGCCGCGGAGGGCUUCUCCUCGGAACCCUCGUCCCCUGCGCUCUCUUCUACUUCCUCCAGCUCUACCUCAAACGACGCCGUUCCAACUUCUCCCCUCCCUCCCCCUCCUCCGAGCCCACCCUCCCCCGAACCUCCUCCCGCUCCAAUUUGUCCACACGUGGCUCCAUUUCCCGGGUUCGCCUCUCCAAGCUCGCCACGCAGAUUUCCAGGCCCGACGACUCCCUCUACUACGUCGGCUUGGAGAGGGCUUCACGAGAUCCCUACCACGCCGUUAACAAUCCACAUGGGAUUAUUCAGCUGGGCUUGUCGGACAACAAGCUGUGCUUCGAUUUGAUAGGGGAAUGGGUGGCGCGGAACUUGGAGGGGACGAUGAGUGGCGGUGUUGAUUUGGGUAUUAACGGGAUUGCGCCGUAUCAGACGUUUGAUGGGGUGAUGGAAUUGAAAAUGGCCUUGUCAGAUUUUAUGCAUCAGGUGAUGGGGGAAUCAGUGAAAUUUGACCCAUAUAAUAUGGUUCUAACAGCUGGGGCAACUCCUGCAAUUGAGAUAUUAUCCUACUGUUUGGCAGACCAUGGGAAUGCAUUCCUUGUCCCUACACCAUAUUAUCCGGGAUUUGACAGGGAUGUAAGAUGGCGUCCAGGGGUAGACCUGAUACCUGUUCACUGUCGCAGUACUGACAAUUUCAAUCUAAAUAUCACUGCUCUUGAUCAAGCAUUUAGUCAAGCAAGAAAACGAGGAGUCAAAAUUCGUGGAAUUCUAAUUUCCAACCCUUCAAAUCCCGUUGGCAAUAUUUUGACACAAGACAUGCUCUACAGUCUUCUGGACUUUGCUGAAGACAAAAACAUUCAUAUCAUUGUUGAUGAAGUAUAUGCAGGCUCCACAUACGGAAGUGAGAAGUUUGUGAGUCUAGCUGAAGUUCUUGAUUCAGAUAUAGACAAAAGUCGGUUUCACAUCGUAUAUUCCCUGUCAAAAGACCUAUCUCUUGCCGGAUUUAGAGUUGGGGUUAUAUGUUCAUUCAACGACAGUGUUUUGGCUGCUGCCAAGAAGUUGACUAGAUUUUCCUCUAUAUCUGCUCCGACCCAGAGGUUAGUUACUUCAAUGCUUUCAGAUAAAAGAUUUAUUCGGGAGUAUUUAGAAACCAACCGGAAAAGAAUACGACAAGUGCGUGAUGAAUUUGUGGAUUGUUUAAGUAAACUAGGAAUCAAUUGUGCCAAGAGCAGUGCUGGUAUGUUCUGUUGGGCUGAUAUGAGUGGAUUGAUACGACCAUAUAGUGAAAAAGGGGAAAUUGAGUUGUGGGAGAAGUUUUUAAGUAUUGCUAAGAUCAGUAUAACUCCUGGAUCAGCCUGCCAUUGCAUAGAACCAGGAUGGUUUCGAAUUUGUUUUACUACCAUAACAUUAGAGGAGGUCCCUCUGGUUAUUGAACGAAUUAGGAGAGUUGUUGAAAGUUGUAAUUCUUCUAGUUGAAGUUUCAUUAUUUUCAUUGCCGUAUACGGUUAGUGCUGAUGUUGCAGUUUAAAUUUUUUGGAAAGGAAUAUACAUCUCUAGUUAUCAAGUUCA